AUGAUACCACGAGGGCUGAUCGUGUUGCUGGCAUUCCUAGGCCCCGUAGCUAGUCAAGACUGCGAUAUUCGUGAUCCCUCGUGCCGAGAUCGCCUUUCCCGCAAAGGAGGCGCACUGCGGCGAAAAGUAAACUCCAACUGCAACUAUCAGGACAUUUGGUUGGUCCCGGGGCGCGCAGACGCCUCUUGCACACGACCGGGGGCCCAUCGGAUCAUCGAUAUCCAGUCAUCAAAUGUUCAUAUAAAGCCGGACGUCGUCAAAUUCCCCGGGUGCUUUACCCUCGAGAUCCGGAACUUGAAAAUCCACGACCGCGCCGAAGCGCUCGGCAACUCCUUCUUCGCGAAGGCCGAAUUCCAGUGGUGGAACGUGAAAGAUUUCUCAAACUUGAAAUGUCAGAAUUCAUCUAGUGACGGGUGCGGUGGAUACGGGAAUAAUUGUUACUACUGUGACAUCUGCGAGUCCCUGACGGAUAUCGAAGAGGGGCGAACCAGACCCGACUCAUUCCAAUCGCAGCUAAAGGGCAUCAAUUGCCCGCAGCAUCCCGGAUUUUACACUUUCCGUAAGGAAUUCUGCUUCAACGAUUGGUCGGCCUUCGACGCGGAUGGCGACUGCGAAAUGGACUUUUUGAAUGGGGAUCGCGGCGACUAUAAAGGGGCGCUUUCAUCACUACAGCAAGUUGGAUAUGGCUCGGUUAUCGCAAAAAUACGCCUCGCUUUCAACGCCACGGGAGCCAUUGCUAAAAAGAGAGAGCAGAAAGAAGAGCAAAUCCAGCAGACGGUACUGCGCGAGUUGGAGGAAAGGAGAAGGACCUGGGAUGUCAACAAUGGUCAAUUUGACAAGUUCAGCCAGUGGUAUAUUGAAUAUAGGAAGAAUAUAUGGCACAAAGAAGAUUAUCUACCGUGGCUGAUCUACGAGAAUGAGAUGUCAUGUCUGAAGCUGACCUUCGACGUCUGCGAGCGGCCACCCCGGCGUAUCUCAUUCGGCGAUAGAGCCCGCUACACAUGCAAU